AUGGAACUGUGCACUGGCGGGGAUCUUCUCGAGCUCAUCCAGAAGCGGCCCGGCGCGCUACUUAGCGAGGCGGAAUCGCGCCACGUGUUCACCUCCGUAGCGCGCGCCGUGAAGCAGUGCCACGCCAGCAGCAUUGUCCACCGCGACAUUAAACCCGAGAACAUUCUCCUCUGCCCGAUUCAGAAAGCCAACGCCUCCAGCGCCGCCGCCGUCGCCGCCGCCAGUGACGACGUGUCGUUUGCUUACACCGCGAAGCUCGCAGAUUUCGGGCUCGCUGUGGACGUGCCGUGGUGGCAGCAGAUUCGCGGGUAUGCCGGCAGCAAGCCGUAUGAGGCUCCCGAGGUGAUGGCGGGGGUUGCGUACGACGAAUCCGCGGAUAUCUGGAGCCUUGGAGUGACUCUCUACGCGAUGCUUUCGGGAAAGUGGCCGCUGUUCAGGGGCGGGAAGCGGGUCCUCGACGAGAAGGUGGAUUUCGCAUCGAACGACUGGAAGAAGGUGUCGGGUGAUGCGAAAGAUCUCAUCCGUCGGAUGUUACGCGUGGAUGUGAACGAACGGUUCACAAUUGACGAGGUUCUGGCGCAUCCGUGGGUACGUCCAGCAGUAGCAGCAGCGGCUCAGGAAGUGAUGGAGACCGUCGAUCUGUCGGAGAAACGAACGGCUGCUGUUGUUUCGCACACCGACGCUCAGAUCACCCCGGGAAUCGCGGAAGCUGAUUCUGAAAGCACCGCUACCAGCGCCGCGAUUUUCGCGUCUGAAGCCAAGUCUACCGUUAGCACUGUUUUCAAGACAAACGCCACCACCCAUGUUCCCGAUACAAAACGAUUCGACACGGCGGGAAGCAUGUCUUUGGCGAGCGCAACCAACAGCACCGACAGUGAUUGCGGGAGCAACGCGGAGAAGCCGCGCUGGGCCGGAAAGCUGUCUCCCCGCACCGUUCUACACCGCGUCAUGAAAGCCUUCUCUCCUCUCACUCGUCAAAAGGAGGCGUCUUCCAUCCCCAUCGAAGACAACAGGAAGAGUUGCUGUGGUGCCCGGAGAUCAUAG